CUCAUUGUUUCUUCAAAUUGCAAUUCAUCUUCUCGAUUAUUCAAACCUCAGCAGAUCCGUCUUUAAUUUGUUUUUCUUUUGCUCCUUUUGAUUCCGCGUGGAGAUGGCAUCGAAUCUUCACAGAGGCGGUACGCAUCUUCCGUACAGAUCCAGAGAUGGGCUUAGCACUAGAAGUGGUACUGGUUCAGAGGAAAUCCAGCUAAGGAUUGAUCCCAUGCACUCUGACCUUGAUGAUGAGAUCUCAGGUCUCCAUGGUCAAGUCAAACAAUUGAAAAAUAUUGCUCAAGAAAUUGGGUCAGAAGCAAAGUUUCAGAGGGACUUCUUAGAUGAGCUGCAAUUGACAUUGAUCAGAGCGCAAGCUGGGGUGAAGAACAACAUAAGGAAACUAAACUUGAGCAUUAUACAGAGUGGCAACAACCAUAUCAUGCACGUGGUUCUAUUCGCGCUGUUCUGCUUCUUUAUUCUAUACAUGUGGUCCAAGAUGUUCAAAAGAUGAAAAGACUCGUGAUUGCAUCAGAUGGUGUUACUCCAGAAAAAAAAUUGAUGGAAUUUUGGAAAGUUGUAGAAAUAUCUUUUAGUAACUGACAUUCUUGUGUGGUUCUUCUCGUUUAGUGUUUAUAUAGAGUGCUAAUUUUGAACAAUUCAUAGAAUCAAGCAAGAUUAUGUCACAUAACCACCGCUUGAGAUACUUGUAGCCUUCUAUUUCAUUUCUUUGUUAGACUGAUUUAAAACCUGGUUUUACAUAACCUGAUUCAUGAGCAAUUGUGACAAUGGUGUGUAGUAUGUACUAGUCCCUACGGACUACGAACAUUAUGAUAGAAGCUAGCUUCCUACUUUGACAUCAUGUCUUGUCUGCAAACAUUACCGAUACAUUCAUUGUACACAUGGACAAGAUUGAGCUCUA